AUGGCCCCCGCACUCGUCGAUACGGUCGUCCAUGAGCAAUCACCGGUCAACUUCAAGUCGCAAGCCGGCCAGUACAAGGAAGCUGCCUUCGGUGGCCCCAAGCUGUACAAAAAAGAGCUCGAACUGAGAGGUACUGGCGAGCAUGCGCCCGCAAGGUACCCAAACUACCUUCCAGUGUGGGACUUUGAAAAGAAAUAUCCUGCUCUUGAGCCCUUUGAGCACUAUGAACAUGGCAAGGAUGCCGAUGAUUCGUUCCCAAACCUCUUGAAGGACGCCAAAGUUGCGGAUCUGACGGCGAAUAUUGGUGCUGAAGUUACAGGUGUGCAGCUGAGCAAGCUAACCGAUGCUGGCAAGGAUGAACUGGCGUUGUUUGUCGCUCAGAAGAAGGUGGUAGCAUUCCGCGAUCAGGAUUUCGCAGACCUGCCCAUCAAGGACGCACUGAACAUCGGUGGCUAUUUCGGUCGACACCACAUCCACCCUACGUCUGGAGCUCCUGAGGGGCACCCAGAGGUCCAUCUUGUUCACCGAGGAGCCGACGACACCACCGCCCGCGAUUUCUUUGAAGAGCGAACAAACUCGAUUACAUGGCACUCAGAUGUCACCUACGAGAAGCAGCCACCCGGCACUACAUUCCUGUACUUGCUGGAUGGUCCUGCAGCAGGAGGUGAUACACUCUUUGCAAACCAAGCAGCAGCAUACAAGAGGCUAUCGCCGGAGUUCAGGAAGCGUUUACAAGGACUGAAGGUUGUCCACUCAGCUGUCGAACAAGCGGACAACAGCAGAAACCGAGGAGGCGUCGUGCGUCGUGAACCAGUGACCUCCAUCCACCCACUUGUUCGAACACACCCAGCUACCGGUGAAAAGGCGCUUUUCGUGAACCCUCAGUUCAGCCGUCGCAUCGUAGGCUUCAAGAAGGAGGAGAGUGACUUCCUGUUGAACUUCUUGUACGACCACAUUGCCAAGGGUCAGGACUUCCAAGCUCGCGUCAAGUGGGAGCCGGGUACUGUCGUAGUCUGGGACAAUCGUGUUACUGCACACUCGGCGUUGUUGGAUUGGGAGGACGGCGCGCGCAGGCACUUGGCAAGGAUCACACCGCAGGCCGAGGCGCCGUAUGAGACGCCGUACGAGGAGCGCAACAGCGGUGCCGUUGGAUUCGAGUACUAA